UUUUGGCCUUUCAUUAAAAGAGAAGAUUUAUAAUAAAGAGGAACUUAAAUCAAGGGUAUUGCUUAGGCAGCUCCUCUACUCAGUGAAACCAGAAUCCGAAGUGAUUGGGUUAUUCCAGUGAUUGGGUUAUUCCAGGGUUCUUCCGCUUUUUAAAAUCAGUUUCGGCACAUCUUUGGUAAAAGUCAAGAAUUCAGACGAAAAUGGCAAUUUAUCAAAAUUAUGAAAAAAGGCUUUGUCACCAAAAUCCCUUUGAUUUAACUUCUAAAACACUUCAAUUCCAAUUUUCGCCUUUUUCUUAUUCAAAUUUCAACAAAAAAAUUUUUUUAUUUAAAAUUUUUAAGGGUGUUGAAACAAUUGCAUUAGAAUCAAUGUUAGGCCUUCUACAAGAUAUUUUAGCUCAAUGCCAACCAAAUCCACAGAAUGUUUUACUCCAAUUAGGCCUUCAAUUCCAAUUACAACAAUGCUGGCUCUCUGCCUGCAAGACUGAAAAUGAAUUUUUGCUUGCAUCAGCUUCUAUAUUGAGGGAUAAAUUGAGACCGAUAUGUGAACCUAUUGUUAGAAAUCAUUAUCCAAAAUUGAUCGAAAAAGGUGAUUUUUUGAGUGAAAUUAUAUUAAAAUUUCGGAGUUUUUGCUAA